ACUAGGAGUCCAUGUGGGUACUUCAUCAUGGGCUUCCACGAAACGGGUGUGGGCCGCUGCAGGACGUGGGCCGUAAUCGGACUACUGCUGAUGUGGCCAUGCUAUAGGGCUGCCGCCGCUUCCUCGCCCACUGUUUGUCCCACCGUUACGGCGCUUCUAUCGGCGUGCUCCACCUUCAUCUCGUACGGGUUGCCGGAGCCUCUCCCGGGAUCGGCGUGUUGUGACGCGGUGACGGCCAUGAAUGCGAUCGGAGAAGACUCAUCCGAUAACCGGCGAUCGAUCUGCAGGUGCUUACUGGGCCUCGUUAUUACCUACGACCCUAAUGCCACUGCCAUAGCCACCUUGCCUGGUUUCUGCGGUGUCUCCCUCGGCUUUAACAUUAAUCCUAACACCGACUGCAGCAUUGUCCAAUGAUGUGCUAGAGAUGAAUUGGUCGAAGCAGAACUUACAGAAGGAGGAUCCCACAGGUGGCAUAGAAUGGUCCUUGGUCUGCGCCUGCAGUGAAAGAUACUGUAUUAGUGUCAAGUGCACUGCUCUUUGAAAUAAUUUUACUGAAUCAAUUUUU